CUUCCUCCUCCCCUCCCGUCGUGGCCGCCUCGCCUCGCAAACAGAGAGAGAAAGAGAGAAAGAGAGGAAAAAAACUCAUCUGCCCCCCGACUCUCUCUCUCGCUCUAUCCCUUUCCUCUUCUCUCUCCUUCUCGUGGUGUGUGAGGUGGCGAGGUAGAGGAAGCAGCGGAGACCACACGAAUCCCCCCACCGCCCUCGCGCCCCCCCUCCCCUCCCAGCGCGGCACCACCACCAACCUCGCCUCUCCCGGCGCGGCGCGGCGAGAGGAGCGGAGCCGAGCGCCGCCGGAGCCGGCGGCGGGUCUGGGUCAGGUCCGGCCUCGUCCGUCCCGCGGAGGCGGCGGCAGCGCGCGCGCGCGCGGUUGGAGCGUAAUCUUGGUUUCCUGAAGCUGUAGUACGGCUGUGUCAUGGCGGGGUCUGUUGCCGCCUCGGGGUUCUUCCCCACGCCGGGCUCUUCCCCGGCUGCGUUGGCUAGAGGCUCCAAGAACAUGUCUGGUGAAUUACCUGAGACUUUGAGUGUCCGUGGGAUGGUUGCAAAGCCAAACACGCCGCCCGCGUCCAUGCAAGUCAAGGCUCGGGCCCAAGCACUUCCCAAGGUUAACGGCUCUAAGGUUAACCUCAAGACUACAGGCUCAGACAAGGAGGAUACAGUGCCUUACACUUCCUCAAAGACGUUCUAUAACCAACUGCCCGACUGGAGCAUGCUUCUUGCAGCUGUCACGACCAUCUUCCUGGCCGCAGAGAAGCAGUGGACGAUGCUUGAUUGGAAGCCCAAGAGACCUGACAUGCUUGUUGACACAUUUGGCUUUGGUAGAAUCAUCCAGGAUGGGCUGGUGUUUAGGCAGAACUUCUUGAUUAGGUCCUACGAGAUUGGUGCAGAUCGUACAGCUUCUAUAGAGACGUUAAUGAAUCAUUUACAGGAAACAGCUCUUAAUCAUGUGAAAACUGCUGGUCUCCUUGGAGAUGGUUUUGGCGCUACGCCGGAGAUGAGUAAACGGAACUUGAUCUGGGUUGUCAGCAAAAUUCAGCUUCUUGUAGAGCAUUAUCCCUCAUGGGAAGAUAUGGUCCAAGUUGACACAUGGGUAGCUUCUGCUGGAAAAAAUGGAAUGCGUCGAGAUUGGCAUAUCCGUGACUACAAUUCGGGCAGAACAAUCUUGAAAGCUACAAGUGUUUGGGUUAUGAUGAAUAAGACCACUAGAAGACUUUCAAAAAUGCCAGAUGAAGUUAGAGGUGAAAUAGGGCCGCACUUUAACGACCGUUCUGCCAUAACAGAGGAGCAGGGUGAAAAGUUGGCUAAGCCAAGGAACAAAGUUGUGGACCCUGCCAACAAGCAGUUCAUAAGGAAGGGGCUUACUCCCAAGUGGGGUGACCUUGACGUGAACCAACAUGUGAACAAUGUGAAGUAUAUUGGGUGGAUCCUUGAGAGUGCCCCGAUUUCAAUACUGGAAAAGCAUGAGCUUGCAAGCAUGACACUGGAUUACAGGAAGGAGUGUUGCCGUGACAGCGUGCUGCAGUCACUGACCAACGUUUCGGGCGAAUGCGUGGAUGGCAGCCCAGACUCUGCCAUCCAGUGCGACCAUUUGCUCCAGCUGGAGUCUGGAGCUGAUGUGGUCAAGGCUCACACAACUUGGCGGCCAAAGCGAGCGCACGGCGAAGGAAACCUCGGGCUGUUCCCGGUCGAGAGUGCGUAACCGCGUCAAAUGUUAAAUACGGCAAGCAUGGGUUGUUAUGAGAUGCAAAUUCUAAUCUUGCCGGGGAUAAAUGGUUGAUUGAAGGAAUUAUUUUGUGCCGGAGAUAAGCCAAGCCACACACAUUCUGAUUCGGGGAGUGCAACGAACAUGGUGGCAGCUUGUUCAAACUGUUUUGGGAGGAAAUGGUGGAAUUUGACAGCCUUGGGUGGAACGAGGAGCUUCACUGGUGGUACUGUAGUAAUUUGGUGGAUGGGGAAUGGUGAAAUUUCGAGUAUGGGAGAAGGCUGGGGCUUGUGUGUGGUGAUAGUGGUUUGAGCUGAUUGGUGAAGGAAGGAAAGGAAGGCUGCAGCGGCGGCGGCUGGGAUUGUUUGUGUUUUUUGACAUGUGUUUGGAUGCGGAGCGAAAUGGAUAAAUAAUUUGUGUACUAAGUUAGCCCAGAUGUGUGUGUGUGUGGAGGCGGAAUCCUAUCCCUUGUAACAGCCUGAUGAUUUGUACA